GCCCGUUUCAGUUUGUGCAGGCAGUCAUAAUUGGUUCCUCUGAACAAAAAGCUCGCGCGUUCAGCGUACUUCUGGCUACGUUGGAGACCCCACAGAAGUUGAGUUACUGUAGCAAAAGAUACCUUUUUACCUUCUUAUCGAGCAAUAAUAUAUAAGAACCUCCUAUGGCGACGUCCGUGUACGGAAGUUUUGGGGCGUCAGAGCGUCCCGCAACCGGACCGGGCGUCAAAACCAAUACCGGAACGCAGGUGCACACUAUGGCACUGGAAAAAGACAUGGAUGUAGCCGAUUUGCGUUCGUAGUUGCAAAGGCAGUAAUAAUUCUACUUCUUUCCAUCAAACAUCAGACCAGAAAUAGUCCGCGUUACGGCGGUUGAGUAUGGCCGUAUUCCAUUGGUCUCCAUUUACAUGGUGCUCCAAAAAAAAAGUACUGACUGCUUAUGCAUGUUCUUACUGCGGCGCUUUAGCACUGAGGAAGUAAAACAAGCGAAUCCAAAAGCUACCGCCAGUUGAUGUUUUUUUAGCCUCGAUACUGCUUGGAAACCACGUGCAUCACAACAUAUCCACAGUGACAAGAAAGUGCGCCCAGGAGGUUGAUUUUGAAACCAUUGUGGCGCUGUCCAAGCAGUUUACCGAGGAGUUGGAGCUGAAACAGGCCGAGAAGCAAGCGCUGACCAAAAUAAUAUCGGACGCAAAGAAAGCUAUCCAAAGGAAUCAGGCCGUAAUAGUGAAGAAAAAGGCACAACUGGAAAAAAGCGAGACGCAGAAACAGGAUUACGACAAAAAAUUCAAAGAGCUGGAGGCAGGGAAUGCGAAGCUAAGGCACGAAUUGCAGGGCCUGCUCCGGGAAAACGAAAAGCUAGGUAGACUUUGAUAAAGUAUUUGAGAACAACGAAGACGAAGGUGCGCAUUAUGAAAGAAUAGAGGAAUUGUUGUCGUGUAAUAGUGCACGGCUUGAAAUGAUCCAUAUUCUCGCUAGAGUCGCAAAAAUUUGUACCUGCGAAAUCGUUGCUGUGCGUUUGACGAGAAAAAUGAAACAAAUCUAUCAGCUGUAGAGGUGGAAACAAUGUCAGAGCAGAUGCGGGAACUCUUAGCAGUGUACGGGGAGCACCGGGAAUAUCCUGUGCAAAAGUAUCGCACUCGUAGUAAAAAUCGCGUUUAUGCAUUACAAAUCUCUUUCUCAAGAUAAAUCAGCAUUACCAAUUCAAUUUGUAAUGCUGGGCAAUUUGUCAUGCAAUUUAUACUAGUACGAUGCUUUUGCAUUGCAUAGGGAACAACUGGAGGCAAUACAGAACAUGUCCAGCACCUAUAGGCGGGAAAUUGGAAUAGAAAAGAAGCACCGCGAUGAGGUAGGGCACUUAGUAGUUUGAUGAAAACCUGUUCUUGCCGACACGGAUUCGUUUGACAAUCUUUUUUCUUUACAGAACGGGAACGAAAUGUUGCCCUUGCCCCUAAAAGCAAAGCCGCUCCUUGCUUCCUUUGAACAGGAUUGCUGUACCACUCUCAUCCAUCACAGGUAAUGGCGUCCGUGCGGACGCACAAGACCGCGAGAAGCAUCAUGAACGACCGCGUCGCAGACGCCACGCGGAGGCAAAACCUGCUGAAAAGCCACGUUGCAGACAUCUUUGUAGCCAGUGUAGUGGCGCCGGGUGGAUAGUGCAGCGCGGCGCCCCACCGCACGCGGCCAUCAUAAGGUUCAUGCUCAGUCGAUGAGGUUAAUUUUCGCAUUUAUUCCUUGUACUCUGAUAUUUCCGAACCACGACUCGGACUUUUCUCCUGACCCCCGACGCCUUGAUCAAAAUUCUGAUGAAUGCACCAAAAAACGAACUGCACACCACAUUGCAGAAACACACAUCGCCCGGGCUCCUUUCAGAAAUAAUAUGGCUCUAGAACCGAAUCGCCGCAACCUAGCCUGUAACUGAUCACAAACACAACAUCGCUCUGAAUUUCGAACAGCGUGAUGUCAUCUGCGUGCACACAAGACAUCAUGCAGCGCGCUCGUGCAAUACAAACUCAAACAUAUAAGAUCCAAAAAAGACGCACCUCUCUGAUGCGCCAGGGCCCGCACGCUCGGGUAAUACUGCGUACGCAAAUGGGGAGAGGUGCCUGCGUUCGCAUAUGCAAGCACACGCUCGUCCACCGAG